AUGUUUCGUAUUCUUCGAGUCACUGGUGCGUCGCCGUUUGUUGCCCAUGCGCUGAACACGCGAGUUUGUUUUUGCGCCACGGGUGGUGGGAAGAAUGAUAAUAACAAUAAUAUUGAUGGUAGCAAGAGCAAUGAUGUAGGAAAAGAAAAGGAGGGCGGAGAGGAGGCGAGACCCUUCAAUAACUCCACGUCUUCCACGGAGGGUCUUCUUUCAGGGAAGCGUCAUCCAAAGGGCUUUGAGGCCUUUUAUUCAAAAUACAUUUUGGGGAGGAUGCCAUUUACGCGUGUUCCCGCGGAAUCCGUAAAACGCGCCUAUACAAUGUCACCUGAGGAGCGUAUUUUAACAAUGAAUUUGGCGGCUAAGGCUCUGAAAUGGAAGCGAAUACGCCGGAUAGGAAUUGUUUUUUUUCUCUUGGCGGGCGUUCUCAUGGCUCGAAUGUACGUUUUGAGGUCUUAUAUGGUUGGAGACAUCAAUAACUAUGCGGCGAUCGCUGUAGAUUUGUCGAAGCAUACGGCGGCAUUUCUUGACGAGAAGGGAAAAUAUCUGGGUAUUCGAAACUUUGUGGACUACAGGGCAUUUGAGGCCACUUGUGACAAGAACAUGGAUAUUCUUAUUUUAUUCCAUUCAUAUUACCCAUGGGUUCCAAUGUUGCUUUUGUGUCUGUUGCCUUUUCUAGCGGCGACCAACUCCACCUUCAGUCGUUCGGCAAAAAUGGCAUCUGUUGUUGCAGAAAAGAGUCGAUUUAAUUUUAAACGCGAAAUCUCCGUCUCCACUCGAUUAGCGGAUGUUGCCGGUUUAACGGAGGCAAAACACGAGGUUGUGGAGGUGAUUGACUUCUUGAAGAAUCCUGCCCGUUACCAGGCAUUAGGGGCAAAGCUCCCCAAGGGGGUUCUCUUGGAUGGGCCUCCCGGUGUGGGGAAAACACUGCUGGCGAAGGCAGUUGCGGGAGAGGCGAUGGUGCCGUUCCUUAGCUGUUCCGGAAGCGAGUUUGAGGAAGUGUACGUUGGUGUUGGGGCACAGCGAGUGCGUGAGCUCUUCCGCCAGGCGCAUGAGCAUAAGCCCUGUGUGGUGUUUGUGGACGAAAUUGAUGCCUUUGGGCGGAAACGCAAAACAGAGACAGGAGGAGGGAGCUCGAGGGGCACGUUGAAUGCCUUUCUCUCGGAGCUGGACGGGUUUAAGGACGCCACUGGGAUAAUGGUUCUUGCGGCCACGAAUCGUGUGGAUAUCCUCGACAACGCCCUCACCCGAUCUGGGCGGUUUGAUCGGAAAAUAACGCUUGAAAAGCCCUCUUAUAAGGAUCGGGAGGCGAUUGCCAAGGUCCACCUGAGCCCAUUAAAAUUGGAGGCGUCGAGUAACAUCCACGAGUAUGCAAGGAUCGUGGCCGCACUUACUCCAGGGUGUAGCGGUGCGGAUAUAUUUAAUAUCUGCAAUGAGGCCGCUAUUCAGGCCGCUCGUGAAAAGAAGGACCAUGUCACGCAACAACAUUUUCAUCAGGCGGUUGAACGUGUUCUGGUUGGAUUGGAACGAAGUGCGGUGAAGUUGAGUGAGACUGAGCGGGAACGUAUUGCGUUCCACGAGGCCGGGGUUGUUAUCCUUCACUGGUUUCAGGAUAAGACAGACCCUGUGGUCAAGACGACGAUUCUCCCUCGUGGACGUCACCGCACGGGUGUCACGCAAAAAUUACCGCAAACAACAUUUAUUUUUACUCAGGAACAACUGAUGCAGAAUUUAGUGGCCCAAUUGGGUGGAUAUGUGGCUGAGGAAUACUUUUUUCAAGACAUCUCCACCUGCGCCGCGGAGGAUGUACAGUCCGCGACGAAUAAGGCUCGACAUUUUGUCUGUACUUAUGGUAUGGACCCGGAAACCAUUGGGCACUUUGGAUAUCAAUUGGAUCAGGAAGAUAGUAUUCAAAAACCCUUUGGUCCGCUGAAGGAAGAUGUCGUGGAUCAAGCCGUUCAUCGUCUCUUGGAAGUGGCUUUGAAAGGGGCACGGACGAUAUUAAACCAAUACCUUGACAAAACCCGCGUGGUGGCUGGACUUUUGAUGCGACAGGAAACUCUCACCGCACAUGAACUCUGGCUCGUCCUCGGGGACCGCCCUGUCAUGACAAGAGAAUUCCGGGCUUACCUAGAAAGCUGA